UGAUCAUCAGAUGCCACGUUUGGUCGAUGUACCAUCACUAACAGCUCCAUUUUGUCUAUAUGCCCGGCUUCAAGCCAACUAACACAUCCUCGCCCGCGAAGCCUCUCGUUGCAGCUCAACGCUCGUCAGUAUCUCUCCAGGCAACAAUAUCCGAUGUCUCCCGCGGGUCGGCGGUCUCAAAAUCUGAACUACACAACCUGACGUCUGCAGAAGUCGAGUUUUUUGAUGCAGUUGUCAAAAGAAUACCCCCAAAUGCUACCUCGUUUCUCUCUGGACUAAAGGCGUACAACGAUGAACUGCACGAUCGGGGCUGGGAUAGCCAGACGGAGACAGUGCAUUACGGGAGGCUGCUGGAGCUCUGCAAACUCCGAGGAUCAAGCUGGAAUCACAAAUGGGAGGGGGUGAAACAACAGUAUGGUUAUAGCGGCCCCUCGAGAGUUCCAAUCCCUACGAUGUCUGCCAAAGUACCCAUUCCGACUUCGAAGCCUGCAAGAUUGACUGCCCGUCUCGCAACACCUGUCCGCGACGAGGAUGACGAUGUGUUUACCCUCCACUCUCACCAAGACCAAGACCAGGAACAGGAUUUUUCUGCAACAGAAACAGAAACCCCUCUUUCUGAUGCCGAAUCCGAACAGGCCCCUCCUCGCCCCCUCACGCGCCUGAGCCAGGCUACACGUCCCAACGCAUCAGUACAAUUGACACGGGUCACAAGGACGCAUGCAAGCCGCCCUUCGAACAGUAUCCUUCCACCUGCUCUUACACGUGUAUCUACGCCCCGUCCUCAAGCAGCCGCUGGUCAUCAUCAGCCAGCUGUGUGGGAAGGAAUGUCAGACACCACUGACGGUGGUGAUGUACCAGGCUCUUUAUCAACUACUCCGCCAUCUUAUCGCGCUGCUGUUGCAACGCCUGUCCCUCAAAAAGCACGGGGUCAGCUGAUACUUCCUGCAUCGUCACCGAUUCAAAACUCCGUAGCAGUCAAUGCGAUUGAAUUUACAAAGGGUCGCACGCGCAAGGGAAGCGUGAUAAAUGAAGAUGAAGCGUGGCAGAAAAUUAAGGUGUCACGAGACGAAGAAGAUGCUGAUAAGUUCCGUGAAGACAAACUCCUUGAACACUGUUGGGAAAUUUGGGUUCUCGGUUACCAGUGGCUAGUGACAACGAACGAACAAGUUGCUCAGGCUCGAGAUAAUGUAAUCCUAGGUUCUUCAUUACGCUCCUGGCGGAAUGCUACUGCCACGCGCCUUGAAAUGCACGCUCGCGCUGCCUCCAUUGCCGAUGCGCGCUGCCUUCGUUUUGCCCUUGGUGUUUGGGGUGCGAAGCAUAAGCAGAAAAAGCAGUUACAGUGGCGUCAUGACAUGCGCGCCAAGAUGAAGACGGUUCGCGAAAGGCAUGAAAUUAAACUUGUCAAAGAUGCAUGGGUCAAAUGGCAACAGUCCCACCGCUCUAUUCUAAACGAAUUGCAGUACAAUGAGCGUAUAGUUGCACGGUUCUUCCUGCGAUGGAGAAACUCUUUGUUGAAGCUAGAUCGCAUGGAUUCCGCUGCAGACGAGUUUGCUCACAGGAUCAAGGGGAGCGCUGCUCAUAGAGCGUGGAAGCACUGGAAAAAAAUCAUGGCUGCCAGAGAUGCUGAAAAAACCGUUGCACACAAAACAGCACUCAGAAUCAAAGGAAUCAUGAUGGACUUGUGGAAGAAGCAGACCCGUGAGCGCCAGACAGCGGGUGCCUAUCGCGAUGUUGCUAUCUUAAAACGAGCAAUAAGCAGAUGGAAAACUACCAGAGAUCGAAUGCGUGUCACGGAAAAGCGUGCCGACAAAUAUCUCGCUCGUCAAGAUGUUUUUUUGCUCCGAGCCGUCACCAGGGUCUGGAAGGCUCGCGAACGCGGGAAACUGCUCGAAAGGGUGAGAGACAUGCGUCUAGUGAAAAAUUCAAUGGCUGUUUGGAAAGAUCGCAUAAGAGAACGCAAGCAUCUUGAAGAUUAUGCUCUCGCAUUCUCCAUGCGCUCCGAUUCAUAUACUGUCUCUUCUGCUCUGCGAACUUGGCAUCAGGUCUAUACAAUUUACCAAAACCGCCGUGCCUUCGCUGUUCAACGCAACCUUGCUCGUGUGCAGUAUGAUGCGCUACUCAAGUGGCGCAUCCAGCUGAGGGCGAAGAUGAAGCUGUUGAAACAAGCUCGAUUCGUGGAGAACUUCAUUCUUCAGCGAAGGAUUUUGAAAGCCUGGAAGGUCAAGUUUGAGGAACGCCAAAGGCAGAAGAAACUCGAACACCUCGAGAUUCGUCGACUUCGCACUUUCAUGACAGCAUGGCACCAGAAAUAUCAAAGAAUGCGAUUCCGCCGGCUGGCAGCGCAGCAAAUAGAUGACCUCGUAUCUCUGCGAAUAAAACGGGAUGCUCUAAGACUCUGGACCAACCGUGUCAUUGAAAUCAAGUUGCGGGAACUGGAAGUCAGCCAGAAGAGCGCCCACGCACUAACAGUCUUCGCCUUCAAGAAGUGGAAGAACAUAUGUUUGCGCCACGUUGAAGACCUGAGCCUCAUGGAGAGUCAUCUUGAUAUCAAACGGGCUGAGAGCGUUCGCCGGAUGUUCCAUCGCUGGCUGAUGGCGGCCCGUGCUCGACGUCACAAACGCGUUACUUUACGUGAAAAGGAACUCGAAUUUGACCGGGCAAAUGUGCAGGUUGCUUGGAACAGGUGGAGAGAACGGUAUAUGGAUGAGAAACUUCGACCCCUUCUACGCCAGAUAGCCCUUCAGAAUCAAAAGAAUCUUCUCUUCCGUACGUUUGGUAUUUGGCAUUCGAAGACUCGGUCUCUCCCAGCCAUCCGCUUCCAAGCCUCACGAACCAAGAUGAGGUAUUGGGCUAUCUGGAGAGCUGCUAUGCCGCAGGCACUUCUGGCUAAAAGAGCACGAGAGACUCAUAACGAUGCCGUCCUCAAUCGACUAUUCGAAAAGUGGCACCAAGCCUACAAAACGAAAACUCACUUGAAGGAAAUAGCCCGUGCUCGCUAUCUUCGUUUGCCAUCCGUUAGUCCCGGGCGAGCCAACCCGACGCCCAAGCCCCCGGCACGCACGAGUCGCAGUCCAUUUCCUCGUCAAAAUACCCGUGUAGAGAGCGAAACGGAAGGCUCAGAAGUGGGUCCGAGCCGCCCUGCCGCUACACGGUCUUCUGUUUUGGUUAGCAGACCUAGCAUUGCACGUCUUCUUACAAACCAAGCUCGUCCCGAACCUAUUGGCCGCCAGAGUGUCAAGCCCUCAAGUCGGGGACUCCGUGAUCCCAGUCCGACGAGAUCGAACAAAACUUCCAUACCACCAUCCCAGGCACCGUCCUCACCUGUACGACCCAGGUUCACGGUGAGACGGGCCAUCAGCCCUGCAAUGUCCAGAAGCUCUCGUGUUAGGGAAGUUAGUCCCACUAGGUCAAAUUACACCUCCACACCUAGGGAGGAGCCCGAGCGCAGUCGACUCUGGCAAGAGCUGAGACAAGUGCAGAAGAGGCCAAGAGCCCCAACGGAAAAGUCACGAACACCUGAACCUCCAUGAUGAUGGGAUACCGAUGUUGUCCUUUUACUUAUAACUUAUUCAAUUUCAUGCA